AUGUUUUUGCUGUACAGGGUGCAACUGUCUUCUUUCAAUUUUGUCCCGAAGGGACUUUCCUCUGAUUCACCCACACUUUUCCCAGUUGUCCGAAUCCCAGAUUUCAAUUCUGUGGUUGCCAAAAACGCCUGCACGAACCGCGACCUCUACGCUAACUUCACGGAGGGAGCGAUUCAAGGUUUUGACACUGCAGCAACGCGAAUGGGAGACUGCCUAGCGCCGGCGUACAAGGACGUCGUCCCAACUGUCUCGUGCACCCUGGACCUCGAUGGCAUCAACGCCACGUUCCUCGCAUUCACAAGAGGAGAAGAUUUGUGGUCAUCUCUGAAUGAAAUCUGGGUCCACGUUGUCGUCGUUGAUUCCGUCACUCGGUUCGAGGCGACCGGCUUUGGCGAACGAGAGAGCCAGCUCCGGUCUUUGGAGCUGUUGCAGAUCCGCUUCAACACGACCUACAACAAGGGCCUCAGUCUGAACACCGAGCGGCAGAGGCAGUUUAAGAACCACAUCGAAGACAAGGUCAAGGAGAUACUUCAAGAAACGCUCUACGGCAAAUACAAAUCUCUACUGAGUAGAGCUAUCAGAGUUACCGCUUUCCUCGACGUAUAA